UGAGAGGCAAAUAAUCUGAAAAGUUUCAGUAGUAGGGUGGGAAGUUCCUUUUCAUUCUCCUGUGUUUGUCUGGAGGACUACAUAACAACAAACCAUCUUUUGUUAGUCUGGGAAUGCCACUUUCCAGAAAUGUAGUGUGUGUCUUGAUUUAUUUUAUUUCUUUUUCCCCUGGGGUGUCAUAAUUUCUGACUAAGAGGUUAAAAAGUAAAAGUAUUGCUUCUAUUCUUUAUUUACCUGCUGUGUAUUUGAGAACUUAACUUCUUUGUGAUAGCCUUAAUGGAAACUGUGCUGGAGUAGGACUGGUGCUGACACUGAGGUGCAUAGUGGUGUUGAGGGAAUACUGCUCUUUUAAAACAGACUAAUGCUGACCACCAACACCGAGUUAAUAUCUGACACUUCAGGCUGCUCUUUUCUCACUUUGCUUUGUUUAUUUGUUGGCUGAACAAUUCUAGCUUUUGCAUUUGUUGUAUUAAUAACUGGGGAAACAACUCAUUAAUCCAGUCCAGAAGGGCAUGGGUUGUCCGGGUUAUAAGCUUCUUAGGGAAUUGGGAUUUUUAUUUUUGUUCUCUGGAAUCUCUUGAGGAUUUGAUAGUUGCUGUAACCACACAGCUGGAAAGCUUUGUAUGAUAAUGUCCUAAAGAGCACAGCUGAUGCAAUGUGCUGCUGCAGUGCUGAAUUGUGGUGUGAACAAUACAUCUUUUAUUCCCCUUCCCACCUCUUUUUUUUUUCCUUGGUACACUGCACUGUCUGACAUGAAACUCAGGAGCAUACCAAAAAAUUAUAAUUAGCUGCAGAAGGAAUAAAUAAUCAGAUCUAUGAGACUAUCCUGAGGGAGAGAAAAGAAGCAUUCCGAUGAAUUAGGGAAAAUCAGGCUUUCUACAUUUCCCAGCCCCUGCGGCGAGCCUUUCAGGCUCUGCUGGCUGUGAUGGAAAUACAGUGCUUUUGUGGGUUUUUGUUUGUUUGUUUGUUUUUUUAAUGUUGUUAAACAUAGGAUGUUCUUCAUUUGCAAAGGUUGUGACCACUCCUCCUCUGCCAGUUGAAGCCACUCCCUACAUAACCCAAACACGUUACACUCCAUGAUUCUGAAGGUAUUUUACAUUUUAACACUAGCUUUUGUGCACUGAACCACAUUUCUUACAGACAGUACAUUUUGAGGGGGGGAGAGAAAAAAAAUCUUUUUUUUUUUUUUUAGGAGGCAAAUAAGAAUGAUUCAAACAGCACCUCAUUUUCAGAGCUCAGAAGCACUGUAAAAUCAAGCUUGAAACACUGACCAGCUUUAAUUUAAAAUACAGCAAUAUGUAAUUCAUUAAUUGUUUUAGUGCUGGUUUCUGUGUUCCAGUUCAGAAUCCUAUACAUAGAUAGCAUGUAAAUUGCUGCUAGCAGCAUUCAGAUUAUAUGUUUAAGAAUUUAAAGCUUACUGGUAUAGAAUCAUGUCAUAGAGUUCAGAUCUGAUCUCUGGGUAGCUUUUAGUUUCGAAUAAAGUUUAGCACUGAGCUCAUCAUGCUUGCAUAUAUUCAGGUUUUGUAUUUUUAGUUUCAACUGUGCCUUCUGUCAUGGCUUGGAUGACUUACAUUUCCCACUGGUUUGAUGAAGAUGAUUGGUAUGAAGGACAACAACGAGCAAAAAUGUCACAGGUGAAACAAGUGGGUCUUUUAGCUGCUGGAUGUCAGCCAUGGAACAAAGAUGUGUGUGCUGCUAGUGGGGACAGAUUUGCCUACUGUGCUACCCUUGCUAUUUAUAUUUAUCAGCUGGAUCACCGUUACAAUGAAUUCAAGCUCCGGGCAAUUAUGUCUGAGCAUAAGAAGACAAUCACAGCCAUAUCCUGGUGUCCGCACAAUCCUGACAUGUUUGCAAGUGCCAGUGCAGACAGUUUAGUAAUUAUUUGGAAUGUGACUGAACAGAAAGUUGUGGCCAAGCUGGACAACACAAAAGGAAUUCCUGCGUCACUUAGUUGGUGCUGGAAUGCAGGUGAUGCAGUUGCAUUUGUGUCCCACAGAGGUCCCUUGUACAUUUGGACUAUCUCAGGACCUGACAGUGGAGUAACUGUACAUAGAGAUGCACAUAGUUUCUUGUCAGAUAUCUGUCUAUUUAGAUGGCAUCCAAAGAAAAAAGGAAAAGUAGUCUUUGGACAUACUGAUGGAAGUCUGUCUAUUUUUCAACCAGGCUCUAAAAAUCAGAAACAUGUCUUAAGACCAGAGUCUCUUGAAGGAACAGAUGAAGAGGAUCCUGUUACAGCACUGGAGUGGGACCCUUUGUCAACUGAUUACCUUCUUGUUGCUAAUUUACACAAUGGCAUACGACUAGUUGAUUCUGAAUCUCUGUCCUGUAUCACAACGUUUAAUUUUCCCAGUGCAGCAGCAUCUGUUCAGUGUUUAGCCUGGGUUUCUAGUGCACCAGGAAUGUUUAUAACUGGAGAUUCUCAAGUUGGUGUGUUACGUAUUUGGAAUGUUUCACGUACAACACCUAUAGAUAAUUUUAAAUUGAAGAAAACGGGUUUCCAUGGUUUGCAUGUACUAAGUUCUCCUCCAAAGAAGAAGUCAUUUUUAUCACUAUCUCCAACUAAAAAUCAUCAUACAUCCUCGACAAGUGAAGCUGUUCCUCCGCCAACUUUAACCCCAAACCAAGCAUUUUCUCUUCCUCCUGGUCAUGCUGUCUGUUGUUUCAUGGAUGGUGGUGUGGGCCUUUAUGACAUGGGAGCCAGAAAGUGGGAUUUCCUUAGAGAUUUGGGACAUGUUGAGACCAUCUUUGAUUGCAAAUUCAAACCUGAUAACCCUGAUCUUCUUGCUACAGCUUCAUUUGAUGGCACAAUAAAAGUUUGGGAUAUAAAUACUUUAACAGCAGUUUACACAUCUCCUGGUAAUGAGGGGGUUAUUUAUUCCAUUUCUUGGGCUCCAGGAGAUCUGAACUGCAUAGCAGGUGCAACAUCCAGAAAUGGUGGCUUCAUCUGGGAUGUCCCAAGAGGCAAAGUGAUAACCCGAUUCAGUGAGCAUGGAAAGAAUGGAAUCUUCUGCAUUGCCUGGAGUCAUAAAGAUUCCAAAAGAAUAGCAACCUGCAGCGGUGAUGGAUUUUGUAUUAUUCGAACCAUCGAUGGCAAGGUUCUUCACAAGUACAAACAUCCAGCUGCAGUGUUUGGCUGUGAUUGGAGUCAAAACAAUAAAGAUAUGAUAGCUACUGGUUGUGAGGAUAAAAAUGUUCGUGUUUAUUACUUGGCAACCAGCUCUGAUCAGCCACUGAAAGUUUUUACAGGGCAUACUGCAAAGGUGUUUCAUGUACGAUGGUCUCCUCUGAGAGAAGGAAUCCUCUGCAGUGGCUCUGAUGAUGGUACUGUUCGAAUAUGGGAUUAUACGCAGGAUGCUUGUAUAAAUAUUCUUAGUGGACAUACAGCUCCAGUACGGGGACUGAUGUGGAAUCCUGAAAUUCCUUACCUUCUAAUAUCUGGCAGUUGGGACUAUACAAUUCGAGUUUGGGACACAAGAGAUGGAACGUGUUUGGACACAGUUUAUGAUCAUGGUGCAGAUGUGUAUGGAUUAACAUGUCAUCCUAGUCGUCCAUUUACUAUGGCUUCUUGCUCUCGGGACUCCACUGUGAGACUCUGGUCAUUGACACCUCUUGUAAAUCCUAUACAAAUAAAUAUCUUAGCAGAUAGAUGUUGGGAUGAGGUUAUUGGUAAUAUAGAUCGUGCUGUGGAAUCUGGUGCUCCUCCUUUGCUGUGUGGUAAAGUUUCCAGGGAUAUUAAGCAAGAAGUGGAAAAACUGACAGGAAAUCCUCGAGGAAAGAAACUAAGAUGGUUUUCAGAAUGUUUUUCACCUCCAGGAGGCAGCAAAAAUUUGUGGGAUUUAGUUGCUGUAAUAAAAGGACAGGAUGAUAGUCUGCUUCCACAGAACUACUGCAAAGGAAUUAUGCAUAUGAAACAUCUCAUUAGAUUUAGAAUGUCCAAAGCACAAGAACUGACAACAGUAAAAAUGUCCAAGUUUGGAGGUGGUAUCGGUGCACCAAGCAAAGAGGAAAGGCUUAAAGAAGCUGCAGAAAUACAUUUAAGAUUAGGACAAAUUCAGCGAUAUUGUGAACUGAUGGUAGAGCUUGGAGAGUGGGACAAAGCUCUCUCAGUUGCACCUGGUGUAUCGAUGAAAUACUGGAGGAAGUUAAUGCAAAGGAGAGCUGAUCAGUUGAUUCAGGAAGAAAAUGAUGAUGUCAUCCCAUACUGUAUAGCUAUUGGAGAUGUAAAGAAACUAGUUUCUUUCUUUACUUCAAGAGGCCAGCUUAAAGAGGCUCUGCUUGUUGUGCAGGCAGCUUGUGAGGGAAAUAUACAAAUGUCACCACUCUCCACAACAACUGGAUCUUCACAUUCUGAUUUAAACAAUACAGAUGAUUAUAAUGAGCUCCUUCAAAAAGUCAGUAAAGAAUUGGCAGAAUGGUAUUUCCAAGACGGUCAUGCAGUGCUUGCAGCAUGUUGCCAUCUGGCUGUUGAAAAUAUAGAGCUUGCGAUGGCAAACCUGAUUCGUGGAAAUGAACUGGAGUUGGCAAUCAGUGUGGGUACUGUCUUAGGAGAAAAUGCAGCGCAAGCAACACAUUAUGCCCUAGAAUUACUAGCAAGAAAGUGUAUGACAGUAACAACAUGCUCUCCAUCACUUGGAUACAGGGAUUUGGCAGCCGAUCUUCUUAUGAUGAUUCCUGAUAAUAAACUGCAUUUGGUAAAGCUAUGUGCUUUUUAUCCUGGAUGCAUAGCAGAAAUAAAUGACCUACAUGAAAAGUGUAAUCUUCCUGAUGCAGAAGAAUGUAUGCGAUUGGCAGAGACAACUGAGGCAGAUGGAGAUAUAUUUGAAACUAUAAAGUACUAUCUGUUAAGCACAGAACCAGAAAAGGCUCUCCCUAUUGGCAUUCAAUAUGUGAAAGAACAACUUCGUGGCUCAGAUUGGACUUUAGAUUCAGUCUGCCCAUAUCUUGACCUUCUAAGUUACAUACGUACUGAACAAUUAGUGUUGCAUAAAUGUAGCAAGUUUCGGAAUGAGUUGUUGAUUUUGUGUGGUUACAUUGGUGCUUUACUUGCUAUCAGAAGACAGUACAAUAGCAUUGUACCUGCACUUUAUGAAUAUACAAGUCAGCUUUUAAAAAGACGAGAAGUAUCUGUACCUUUGAAAAUUGAACAGCUCACGGAGGAAUUAGAUGCAUGGCGAGCUUGUACUCAGUUAAGCAAGCCAACGGAUGAAUUGCCAUGCACCCCACCAUCUGAAUCACAAAAAAUGGUGUAUUCAAUACUGGUAUCGCGAAUACAAGAGGAGCCUCUGAAAGGAAUGGUUGGGCCAGACUAUGUCACUGGAUCAAAUCUUCCUAGUCAUUCUGAUGUUCACAUCUCUUGUUUGACGGGGCUAAGGAUACAGGGUCCAGUGUUCUUCCUUGAAGAUGGAAAAUCUGCUAUUUCACUGAAUGAUGCUUUGAUGUGGGCCAAAGUGAAUCCUUUUUCACCACUAGGAACAGGAAUACGACUUAACCCAUUUUGAUGCGGUGUUUUCCUCUGUUCUUUGUAGUGCUUAGAAUAACAGUUUGGGGGUUAAUAGCAAUUUAACCUUGCUUGUCAAAGGACAGAAAGAUGGCAGUUGAUCCAUCCUGAAAGGCAAUUACUUGGACUUUGAAAACUGUAAUAUGAGAACAAGAAAAUGAUUUCUAUAUAAAUGUUUGUUGAUAAUCCAAAGAAAAAUUUGAGAAUCCAAAGAGAAAAAGUCCUAACUUAAUUGACAGCCAUGCCUUUUUUUUAAAGAACUGUUGUCAGACAAUGCAGACACAUUUCUGUUAAAUUUGUGUAAACAAAUGCCUUGUAAAGCAAGUAGGCAACUAUCUGCACAUUAUCAAAAUACAGAUAACAAACUGUGAAAUUCAUAAACACACUUUUAAAUACAUAGUGACUUUAUGGAUAGCCACUGCAACCCAUUUUUAGAAUGACUGAAAUCCUGCAGCUGAUUAACACAUUGUGUCCCCCUUUUAAAUUUUAACUAGUUUUUACAUACAGAAUUCUAUAGCAAAAGUAAUAUUUCAAGUGCUUAGAUGACUUUUUCAUCCAUUAUUAUGUGCUUUAAUAGUAAUACAAAUAUGUUUAUUAAUAUUUUGGUUAGAUAGGUUUGAAUAUCUACAUUAUAAUACUCUAUUUUCUAGUAAGUUAGUCUUCGGCAACUGUCCCCAUUAUAGUUUCCUAACCAGAAACUAAAAUGUAUAGAAACAUUUUUUUUUAAAAAAAGAGGGUUUGUAAGGGACAAACAGCACAUGUAUUGAAAUUAUUUAAAUACAUUAUAUACAUUUAAAAUGUUUUCUUUUUACAUUUUAUAUUAGUUUUAAAUACACGUAUGGUAUGAUGGACCAGAAACAAAUACUUGUGCAUAUAUUUUUAUUUACUAAUGCUGUGCUCAAAUGGGAAGAAAAAUAUGUCAAUAGAAUACAAUGAAUAUUUAAAUUUUAAAGAUGUAUAUAGUAUGGAAUUUAAUUAUAGGAGAAAUCUUAUAAUUGGAAUUAUUCACCUGUAGAAAAGAUGCCUUGGUUCUUUUCAGCUUGAUGGCCCACAGUCAGAAAUCUACCUAACCCGUUGUUACAUUUUUUGCUGCCACUUUAAAAUAAAUUUUAAAAUCCCGCUAGUUAUAUGAAAUAUAAAGAAGUUAUAUUUAGAAUUCGUCAGAAUUAUUUCUAGAGCAACUCCGGUAAAAUCAGAAGUAACACAAGGUCUUUUUAACAUACCUUAUCCAAGACAACCUUCAAUGGGUCAGUAAACAAUGCCCUCAUCUAAAUAGAAGUAACAAUGCCCCAAUGCCAGAAAGGUGGGAUGGAGAUCAAUCUUUUUUUUUCCAGUUAUCAGUUAAGAUUUAUCAGUUAAGAUUUCAUUCUGUCUGUUUUAGAGUAUUAUUACAGGAUUUCUGGUAUAAGAUUAUGUUGGAAAAAAUCAUAGCUGCUUUGUAAUCUAUACAAAAAAAUUUCUGUACAUACCUAGGUGUUAGAAAAAUUUUUCACUUUUUGCAGGUAUUGUUUGGGAGAUGUUUUCCUUUGUCCAACCCUGUGGAGCUUGGGGAAUUAGAGUUGGAUUUCAGAAAUAAAAAUUCAUAGUUUGUGAAAUAAUUUUCCAGCAGUCAAUAGCUGAUGGGUUGCUUGAAAGACUAGUUAUCUUUUAGUACACGCAAGAUUGUGUAAUUUAAUACAAAAUCUAUUACACACAAGAUUGUGUAAUUUAAUACAAAACUGGAGAGCACAGGUAAGAACUGAAUGUGCAAACCUAUGUCUGAUGAUAGGAUCUGAAAGAUUGACUGAACUGCCACUCAGCUCUAUUUCAAAACUUAUGCUGUGUCUUAAGGAUUUUUACGAAUACAUCAUAGUUCAAAUAUCUUAGAACACGUAGUAUUACUGCAUCAAUUAUUGUGCCUAAGUUGUGCCUUAACAUGGAAUCUUAGACAAAUUUACUCCCUCUUUAAACUAGAGAGUGAGGGUUAAUAAUUGUUGAAAUACAUUGUUGAAAUACAAAAAAUAAGUCAAAGGGCACUUUUUAUAUUGGGAUCCAUCAGGUAACAGUCAUUGUGAAUAAAAUGAGGUUGCAUUUUCUUUAACAUAAUUGUACCCCAUCUGGUGAGUGAGGGGAACAUGCAAAAAAAAAAAAAAAAUUAAGUGUGUCUGCUGCUAAAACUGUGGUUGCAACUGUCAAAACAUAGCUAUGUUAUUUUCAAAAAGAAUUUCAGGUUGUUUGUUAAUGUGUGACUUCAUUGUCCAGCACAGCUAGUCAAAUACAAGUAUUUUCCUUUAAUAUUAAAGAAUCCUUUGUCUUCAAA